AUGCACCUUGCUAUUCCUCCGUCUCCUGUUCGCAAUCCCGAAAAAGGAUUCAAAACAUGCCCUAAGAAGACACGAACUGAGUCAGUCUCAACAAAUGAGUCCGAAUCUAUACAGACGCCUUCUAAAGGAUCGUCAAAAAGGUCAUUUCGAAGAUCCAUUAUCAAUGCUUUUGCUGCUCGCACCUGA